AUGCCGGCGUCCAAGCAGCCUCAACCGCGCUUCAGGACGAUACAGAAGCUCAAGAUUGACUACGCUCCUGUUGGCAUCACUCAAUAUGAGUCCACCAGAACUGGUAUGCGUGUCGCUGUAGUCGACAGAGCUGGGCCGAAGGUCGAGGGAGAAUUCGCUCUCGCCACAGAGAUCAACGAUGACUCCGGCUCGCCACAUACCCUGGAGCAUCUCGUGUUCAUGGGCUCCAAGUCGUACAAGUACACUGGGCUGCUCGACCGAUUGUCCAGCAGAGCUUUCUCGACAACAAAUGCUGGUACAGCGACAGACUAUACCUCGUACUCGCUCAACACCGCCGGCUGGGAAGGCUUUGCACAGAUCUUGCCGGUCUAUUUGGAACACUUGAUCGUGCCUACAUUGACCGAUGCAGGGUGCUACACAGAGGUGCAUCACAUUGAUGGCACUGGCCAUGAUGCUGGUGUCGUCUACUCCGAGAUGCAAGCUCGUGAGAACACUUCUGGCGAUCUGAUGGAAUUGCAGCGAAGACGACUCAUGUAUCCCGAGGGCAAUGGUUUCCGCUCGGAAACAGGCGGUACGACUCCAGAACUACGACGGUUGACUGCGGAUCGCAUUCGUGCGUACCACAAGGAGAUGUACCAGCCCAAGAAUCUGCGCGUCAUCAUCACCGGUGAGAUUGAUCACGAUGAACUUUUGCAGAUUCUUGACGAUUUUGAGACAACAAUCGUGGACGAUGUGCCAACGCUGGACGCACCAUUCCGCCGACCUUGGGUCGAUUCGACACCGACGCCGAAGCUUGCGCAAACAAAGGUCGACACGAUCAAGUUUCCGGAGGAGGAUGAGUCGAUGGGAGAAGUCACUGUUGGCUAUCUGGGACCAAAAUGCGACGAUGCGGUAGCCAACGCAGCUCUCUCUGUGGUCAUAACUUACCUUGCAGGUUCUUCGAUCAGUGUUCUGGAGAACACUUUGGUUGAGCGCGAACAACUGUGCAGUGCAGUCUAUUAUGAGUACGAGACACGGCCAGACGUCGUUAUCUGGUUUGACUUGACUUCGAUCGAGACGCCACGUUUACAAGAAGUCUACCAACGUUUCCUCGAAGUGUUGAAGGAGACUGCAGCCAAGCCUUUGGACAUGAACUACCUGCACGACUGCUUGAAGCGAGAACGAAGACGCAUCACGGAGCAGGCAGAGAACUCUGAGACGUUCUUCACGCAGCCUCUCAUCGAAGAUCACUGCUUCAGCCCGAGAGAUGGUAGCGCUCUCAAAGACCUCGAGGACAUGAGCGAACUUGAUGAAGUGACCAAGUGGUCGGAGGAGGAGUGGCGAAACUUCUUCAAGAAGUACUUUGUCGAUACGCACCAUGUGUGCGUGCUUGGUGUGCCGUCGUUCGAAUUACAGAAACAGCUCGCUGAUGACGAACAAGCACGAGUGCGAGCACAACAAGAAAAACUGGGAGAAGCGGGACUCAAAGAGCUCGCCGAAAGACUGGAGAAGGCCAAGGCUGAGAAUGGCAAGACGAUUCCGGAGUCCAUGCUGGAGCAGUUUCGCCAGCCCAGUGUAGAUUCUGUCAACUUCAUCCGCACGGGCACAGCUUGGUCUGGCGCAGCUCGGCAGCUGGGGUCUGGUGACCCAGAAGCGCAAGCAAUCAUCGACAAAGCGGACGACGGAUCUUCUACCUUCAUUCACUUCGAAGACAUUCCAUCGAAUUUCGUGCGCGUCAAGCUCUACUAUGGCACAGCCAGAGUACCAGAUGAGCUACGACCCAUUAUGAGCCUAUACAUCACCAACUUCUUCACGACACCUGUGACCAUCGAUGGUAAACGAGUGGAGUUUGAGGAUCUUGUCUCUGAUCUCGAGAAAUUGACGACCUCAUACUGGGUGAACACCAGCAGUAGCGGCAGACAGCAGAUGCUGGGCCUCUCCCUCGUCACCGAGGGCGAAACAUACGAGCAAGCCAUCUCUCGCAUACGAACGGUCUUCUUCGAUGCUAUCCACGACCCCGUACGACUUCGUGCAUCCCUCACCAAGCUGCUGGCAGAUCUCCCGAGCGAGAAACGCGAUGGGAAUGCGAUGGCGUGGGCAGUGAACAGCAUGAUCCACUCAAAUCGCUCUGCAAAUCGUCGUGCCACGUCUGCGCUGACCAAGACGCUAUACCUCAAGCGUCUUCGAAAGCUGCUCAAGACCGACGAGAAGGCGGUGAUUGCCAAACUUGAGCAACUCUGCUUAGCACUGCACAGGCCAGAGAACUUCCGAGUGUACGUGGCGGCCAAUCUCAGCAAGCUCAACAACCCAGUGGCAGCCUGGAACAAACUCACGCAAGGGCUUGACACAUCACAGCCUCUCGAACCACUUGACGAGUCGUCGACAACGAUUUCCGAGGUGGGCAAGAAGCCUGGCUCGGCAGCAUACAUUGUGCCGAUUCCCGCAAGCGAUAGCUCCUACCUCAUCCUCACCUCUCAGGGCCCAUCCACGUACAGUGACCCCGAUCUUCCCGCGCUCAUGGUAGCCAUUGCCUACCUUCGCGCAGUGGAAGGGCCCCUCUGGGUCGCCAUUCGCGGCACCGGUCUUGCAUAUGGAGCUUCGAUACGCCGUACCACCGAGCUCGGCCAAAUCUACUUCUCCAUCGACCGCUCACCAGAUUGCUUCAAAGCCUUUGUCGCAGGCAAAGCCGAGCUGGAAGGCUACGCAUCCGGCACGAAGGAGCUAAAGAAACUCGCAAUCGAAUCUGCAGUAGGUGAAAUUGUGUAUGAAAUGGCAGAAGAAGCGCCAAACAUGGGAGCGGCGGCGGACGAGAGCUUCGCGAGUCAAAUUCUGCGUGGCUUGCCGAAAACGUGGUCGAAGGAUAUGUUGAAGAAGAUUCAGGGCGUCAGCAUCGAUCAGGUGCGAGAGUCGAUCCACAAGUGGUUGCUGCCUCUCUUCGAUGCCAAGAAGGCGAAUCUGGUUGUGACGUGUGCCUCUGGAAUGAAGGAGACGAUGCGGGAAAACUUUUCUGGUGCGGGCUUCGCAGUUGAGGUGAAGGACCUGUCUUUCUUUGAGGAUGAUUACGGGCUCGCGGACCCUGGUGGAGAGGACGAAGAAGAAGAAGAAGAGGAUGAGGAUGAGGAUAUGGAGGAGGGCGAGGAGGGCGAGGAAGAUGAUGACGAAGGCGAUGAGGAAGAGGUCUAGACACUCGAUUGACACACGCACGCGCCUCGCGUCCGGUGAUGUAAAAGCUCAAUUGCAAUGGGUGACUCAGGCGGGGAGGCAGUGAAGUUCUCACGCCCGCAAAAAAACAAAAGUUGACAUUCCAUAGUCAUCGUUCCCAAGAUAAAAUACCUGCACACAACAUCCCAAGGCCUGCCAAGGAAUCCAUCCAUUCGUACAUUAGAUUACCUCCUAGUUGCUUCGUGAAAUCAUCAUCAUCGUAGAUUAAAUCACAAACUUGA